AUGGUCACGCUGUACAAUACUUAUCAAUCUGUAAUGCGCUGGCUACCAGGAAGUCACAAAACUGUGAAAGGGAAUGCCACUGAGAUGCGUCAAUUCAUUACAGGAACCUUCACCAAGUACAAGGAUCAGUUGGAUGUUCACGACCAAAGAAAUCUUAUUGAUGCCUUUCUUGUCAAGGAGAAAUCCGAAUCCCCCACAUAUUUCCAUGAUAAAAAUUUAACAACCCUCAUUACCAACCUGUUCUCUGCUGGUAUGGAGACAACCUCAUCGACUGUGAGAUGGGGGCUUCUGCUAAUGAUGAAAUAUCCAGAAAUUCAAAAGAAUGUCCAUGGUGAAAUAGAUAAGGUGAUUGGAUUUGCUGUUCCCCAGACAGAGCACCGGAAAGUGAUGCCAUAUACAGAUGCCGUUAUACAUGAGAUUCAGCGUUUUUCCAACAUAGUACCGGCUAACAUUCCACAUGCAACUACACAAGAUGUUACUUUUAAAGGCUACUUUUUACCAAAAGGCACAUAUGUUAUCCCAUUACUGACUUCUGUACUGCGAGAUGAGAGUCAUUUUGAGAAGCCGGAUGAGUUCUACCCACAACAUUUUCUUGAUUCAAAGGGGAAUUUCUUGAGAAAAGAAGCAUUUCUGCCAUUUUCAGCAGGUAAGAGAAGUUGUGCUGGGGAAAAUUUGGCAAAGAUGGAGCUAUUUCUUUUCUUUACCACACUGCUGCAAAACUUCACCUUCCAGGCUACUUGUGGAGCAAAACUUGACCUCACUCCUGCAGUGGGAUUCACAACUCCUCCAAUGAGAUAUGACAUUUGUGCUUUGCCUCGCACCUGA